AUGUGUGAAAAAGAUAUAUUUAUAGUGCGCUACACUCUACUAACUUUAGUGACUGAGCAAACUUCAAAUAGCCCAGGCGAGAAUAUAAGCACUGAAGUUAACAAUGAAACAAUCAUAGUUAAAACUAAAAAAUAUGAAAGGAAAAAAGAUAUGUGCUAUUACUGUGAAACGGACGUCAUCAAUUUUGUAAGACACUUAAAAAGAAACCAUUCUUGUGAACUAGAAGUGCAACGUAUACUGUCAAAACAAAAGAAAUCCAAAGAAAGAAGAGAAUUACUUUCACUUCUAAAGAAAAAAGGAAAUUUCAUUAAAAAUUCACAAGAAUGUGUAAAGCCGGUUAAGCAAGGACUUCAACCUUCUCAGUCAUUUCUACCAUGUUCGAACUGUCUAGGGUUUUACAGAUCUAAAUUUUUAUAUAGACAUAGAAAAACAUGUUUAGGUGGUCAAUCAUCUAAACAUUCUCAAGCAGAAGGCCAAAAUUUCUUGUUAAAGAAUGUUAAAAAAAUUGACCAGCGUUUAAAAGAUGAGGUCUUCCCAAGAAUGCGGCCAGAUAAAAUCUCUUUAGAAGCAAAAAAUGAUUUUCUUAUAUGUGCAUUUGGUGCUAGAUACCUUAAGAUUCAUCGCGAAAAACAUCAUAUUAAUGUUACAAGUCGAAAAAUGAGAGAGUUAUCUAGAAUUCUAAUAGAAUUCAAGAAAAUUAAGGCUUGUACAAGUAAUCUAUUUGAAGCUCUAAAACCAAAAUUUUAUGACGAUUUAGUAGAAGCUACUAAAUUAGUAGCAAAAUAUGAUACAGAUAAAGAUUUAUUUGUUUCGCCCACGUAUGCAUUAAAUAUAGGCACGUCUUUAAAACAAUGUUGUGACAUUGCGUUACAUAUGAUAUCAAAAAAUGAACCAACCAUUGAAACAGCUAAUUGUGAAUCAAAUCUGAAAACGUUAAUAAAUUUGUUUCAUUCAAAUUGGCGAUUUGAUAUAUCAAACCGGGCUGGUAAUGACCUUAAUUUAAAGAAAUUUAAUAAAAUUACUAUUGUACCUCUCGCCAGUGACCUAAAAUUACUCAAGCAACAUUUAGUUACAGAAGCAGAUAAGGCAUUACAAGUACUCAAAAUAGAUUCACAUAAUGUUGCUGCUUACAAUACUCUAUUAGAAACAAUAUAUUGUAGAGUUAUACUUUUAAACAGAAAAAGACCAGGGGAACUGCAAAGAAUGCUUUUGGAUACCUACGUGAAAUCUGAAAAGAAAAAUGAAAGUUAUAAGGAAUUUAAAGAAGUUGUUAGCGAAACAGAAAAAAUAUUGUUAAAAAAUAUGAAGCGUAUUGUCAUAAGAGAAAUAUUAAAAGUAAGAUCUAAUUUUGUAAAAGAUGACAACCCUUAUUUAUUUGGCAGAUCAAGUCACUCUACUCCUAUCUGUGGAUAUAAAAUAAUUGCCAAAUAUGCUGUCGCUUGCGGUGCUAAAAAUCCUCAAGCCAUAACUUGCACCAGAUUAAGAAAACAUCUAGCAACGCUCACACAAUUAUUUAAUUUAAGUGAUAAUGAAAUUGAACAGUUGUCCAGUUUUAUGGGACACACAGCUGCCGUUCAUAAAAACUCUUAUCGAUUACCAGACGAUGUGUACCAAACGGCGAAAAUUUCCAAAUUACUAAUCCUAAUGGAAAAUGGUGAAGCCGGAGGACAGAAAGGAAAAACAUUAGACGAUAUAUCUAUAAAUUUGGACCAAAAUCUUUUAGAAGAUGAAUCUAGUGAGGAAAGUGAUGAUCUAGAAAAAAAUGAUUUUGACGAUUUUAAAAAAGUUAAUGUAACGGAAGAACUAAAGGAAGACGAAACAAUAGAGACAUUUGCACCCAAAAAGAAAAGAAUACUAACUCCCUGGACAAUUGAACAAAAAAACAUUGUUAAAGCUUACUUUUCAAAAUAUAUAGAUCAAAAACGGGCACCAAAAAGGUUCGAAUGUGAAGAAUUAAAAUCUUUGCAUCCGCAAUUAUUUCUUAAUAAAAAUUGGUUAAAAAUCAAAGUGUUUGUGCAAAAUCAAUAUUUAAAAAAAGGUACAUAA